AUGAAAUCAAAAGAAGAUAAUGUAGAAGUGGUGGAAACCACAUCUACUCCAAGUCAUCAUCAUCAUUAUCACCACCAACUGCACCAACUUCAGAUCAACAACGAUGAAUCUUCAUCGCCGCGCACGGCUCCUUCAUCAUCAGACACCACUGAAUUUAAAUGCGAAUCCGAACCCGAAUCUAAGUCUAAACCACAAACACUCACAGGUAGUAUAUUUCAUUACCUCAAUUUGGCAUCGAAAAAACUAGACUCAUUUGGCGUUGAAACAAGAGGCAUCGAACGUAUUGAGCCGUAUGAGCGUGCCACCAAUAGAAGCAAGCAGUUUUUCAGCGUAAUGGGUCUCUGGCUCUCAGCAUGUGGUGGUCUUUCUUCAAUGUCAUCUUUUUACUUGGGCCCAUUGUUAUUUGGAUUGGGCUUGAGAAACACAUUAAUUAGUGGAUUGAUUGGCCACACCUUGGGAUGCUUUAUCGCUGCUUAUUGUUCAUUAAUGGGUCCACGCUCGGGGUGUAGACAAAUGGUUAGUGCUCGUUUUCUUUUUGGUUGGUGGUUUGUGAAACUAGUUGCAUUGGUGAGCAUCAUUGGAGUUAUGGGCUGGUCCGUUGUCAACUCCCUAGUAGGUGGCCAGAUCUUGGCAAGUUUGAGCAAUGGCAAGAUACCUGUUUGGGCAGGUAUCGUUUUGAUUGCUGGAUUCUCACUAUGUGUUGCUCUUGGUGGAAUCAAGCAUCUAAUGAGAAUCGAAGCUUUACUAAGCCUACCAGUGAAUUUCGCAUUCUUAUUGUUGUAUGUUGUUGCAUCGCAAAAAUUCCAAUACCUCACUUUAGACGAUGUCAGCAGCGAAGAUAGUGCAACGAUAAAGGGAAACUGGUUAAGUUUCUUUUCCUUGUGUUAUUCAAUCACUUCAACAUGGGGCUCAAUCGCAUCAGAUUAUUACAUCUUGUUCCCAGAAACAACACCAGAUAUAGAGGUUUUCUUCAUUACAUUAUUGGGCAUAUUCAUCCCAACAACGUUUGUUGGUGUUGCUGGGUUAUUGAUUGGAAAUGUGGCAUUGACAUACAAGCCUUGGGGAGACGCGUAUGCAGAGUUGGGAAUGGGUGGGUUACUAAACGAAGCAUUCAAGCCAUGGGGUGGCGGCGGUAAGUUUUUGCUCAUUUUGAUUUUCUUAUCCUUAAUCUCAAAUAACAUUAUUAAUACUUAUUCUGCUGCCUUUGGUGUGCAAUUGGCAGGUGCAGGGUUGGCCAAAAUACCGAGAUGGUUUUGGGCUAUUGUGUUGACUGCAAUCUAUUUGGUGUGUGCCUUGGUGGGAAGAGAACAUUUCGCUACAAUCUUGAGUAAUUUCUUACCAAUGGUUGGGUACUGGAUAUCCAUGUACUUUAUCAUGUUGCUUGAAGAGAAUGUUAUUUUCAGGACUGACAAAUUUAAGUAUUUGUACACAAAAGAGUGGCCAACUAGUGCAACAGACCAGAAUCUAGACUCUGACUCAGGUUCAGGUCCGGCCUUGGAAAUUAAGAGUGCCAGAUUACUAGUUCCAUUAAGAAGAAACCAGCAUUACAAUUGGACAAUUUGGAAUGAUUACGAUAAAUUGACAAGAGGCUUGGCAGCAACUGCAUCGUUUUGCGUUGGAGCAACUGGUGCAGCAGUGGCAAUGUCUCAAACAUAUUGGGUUGGGCCCAUUGCCAAGCUCGUGGGAGGAGAAUAUGGUGGUGAUAUUGCCAUGUGGCUCUGUAUGGGAUUCAGUGGGAUCACGUACCCAGUAUUGAGAUACCUUGAAUUGAGAUACUUUGGUCGUUAG